AUGUCUGCAGCCUCCUCCGUGCCUGCCGCUGCUCCAGCCCCGUCUCCCGGCACCGCCGUUCCUGCCCGCUGCACCACCACCCACCCCAGCCCAGCCUACAAGCUCCCACCAGCAGCACGCCACGAUCCAGCCACCGGCCCUCCUGCCUCCUGCCGCCCCGAGGUCAUCUCCUGCCCAUAUGGCAGCCCUGCCGCCGCCGCUCGCCUCCGUGGCCCCAGACCGCACCCUUCCGUCUCCACCGCAGCCUCCCACUUCUCAGCUGCUGAAUACUGCAGUCCCACCGCCACCGGCAUCCAUGAUCGUCCCAUCGCCCCCUCCCUCGACCGCGGCCGCAGCCCCAGCCCCUGGUUCUGCAGUCCUGCCAUCUCCCGCUCUGCCCGAACCAUCUGCCACACGGACUGCUGCCAUCACAGCCUGCCGCGUUGA